GGCAGGUCCCUGCCCGGCUUCCAGCGAGGAGCUGAGGCUGCAGCCCGCUGCCUGGAGAGGGGGGCUGGUGGGGAGGCCACGGCGGGACCGCGGCGCUGACGCACCAGCCCUCGCCUGGCCUCCGCACGCUCCGGGCCGCCCGGCCUCUCCCUAGACUGCUGUCCCCGCCGGGGGAAGAACCGGGGCAUGUGACCGCUCAGGCGGGCCCUGGCUCCCAGCCGCAGCCCCGCGCCCUCCUCUCCGCCGCGCCGCCUCCCACGGCUGCUCCCGGCGGGAGACUGGGGCCAGUUUCACACGCACUCCCGAAACCCCGCCACUGCCCGGAGGUUGCAGACAUCCGGAGUGGCUCCCCCUACGUCCUCCUGAACCCCCUUCUGCACGCACCCUGGGCCGGUCUCUGACCCAGGGAUGGAGGCGCCCGAAAACCUAACCUACUUUGCCCUCUCCAGCCCCGCCCCUUGGGAGACCAACCGCAGCCUCGGCGCGCGAGACCCGCGCCCCAGCCCGCCCCCCCUCUCCGUCUUCGGUGUGCUUGUUCUGACCUUGCUGGGCGUUCUGGUGGCAGCGACGUUCGCCUGGAACCUGCUGGUGCUGGCGACCAUUCUCCGUGUGCGCACCUUCCACCGCGUUCCGCAUAACCUGGUGGCGUCCAUGGCCAUCUCGGACGUGCUGGUGGCCGCCCUGGUCAUGCCGCUAAGCCUGGUGCAUGAGCUGUCCGGGCGCCGCUGGCAGCUGGGCCGGCGGCUGUGCCAGCUGUGGAUCGCGUGCGACGUGCUCUGCUGCACGGCCAGCAUCUGGAAUGUGACGGCCAUCGCGCUGGACCGCUACUGGUCCAUCACCCGCCACCUGGAAUACACGCUCCGCGCCCGCAAGCUCGUCUCCAACCUUAUGAUCGCGCUCACAUGGGCGCUCUCCGCGGUCAUCUCCCUGGCGCCUCUGCUCUUCGGCUGGGGGGAGACCUACUCGGAGGGCAGCGAGGAGUGCCAGGUGAGCCGUGAGCCCUCCUACACCGUGUUCUCCACCGUGGGCGCCUUCUACCUGCCCCUCUGCGUGGUGCUCUUCGUGUACUGGAAGAUCUACAAGGCCGCCAAGUUCCGCGUGGGCUCCAGGAAGCCCAACAGCGUCUCGCCGGAAUCCGGAGCUGUGGAGGUGAAGGCCGCUGCUCAGCAGCCCCAGAUGGUGUUCACUGUCCGCCACACCACUGUCACCUUCCAGACAGAAGGGGACACGUGGAGGGAACAGAAAGAUCAGAAAGCCGCCCUGAUGGUGGGUAUCCUCAUCGGGGUGUUUGUCCUCUGCUGGAUCCCCUUCUUCACCACAGAGCUCAUCAGCCCACUCUGCUCCUGUGACCUCCCCGCCCUCUGGAAGGGCAUCUUCCUCUGGCUUGGCUACUCCAACUCCUUCUUCAACCCCCUGAUCUACACGGCGUUCAACAAGAACUACAACAGUGCCUUCAAGAACUUCUUUUCUAGGCAACACUGAGCAUGAGACGCAGGGACAAGAGGGAGUUAUUCCCGUAACUCAGUGAAAUUUCCAACCUCAUUGAUUCCCCACCCCCACCCAGCACCACGUGGGAGAGGCAGAUCCCUAAAGGUCUCCAGGCCGGUGCUCAGAACAGAACCUCACUUCCGCACUCCUGAGUAGGGACGUGUGUCUUCACAGGAAGUGCUGGUGACCUUAUUUACCUAAUUUACCUACUAUUCCUCACUCCUAUCCCAAAGUCCACUCCUAACAGACACAGACUUUUUCUGCAAAAUGUCCUCUUCUCUCCAAAAUCCUCUCCAGCAUGGUAUUGUCCAAUCCCAGAGAAGUCAAACAAUAUACACCGGUGGAGAAUGAACAGAAAACAAUGAACAAAGGUCACAACAGGGACAUCUUGGGGAUAGGAAACCAUAAUUCCAAGCUUUCUGGAAUAGUCCCCAUUUCAACUAUUCUGGUAAUUCCUUCAAAUGGUCCUGGUAGGUAUAUCCUAAUACUUAUUGUAUAAGUCCCAAAUUUGUGCACAAAAAUAUUGUCUCUAAACAACCACAUCAGCAAGUCCAGUAAAAACUGGCUUUAAAGUCUUGUUUGUGGCAACCACAGACACAUACAACUAUGGAGGAGGCAAACGCCCAGCUGGCUGGCUUAUUCUAAAAGGGAGCCCAUCAAGUCGGAGCAGGAGCCAAAAGUCAAGUCAAAUACCUCCUUCUGUUCUGAAGCAACUGUUCACAAAUAGAAAAACCUACUAGCUUCGUAGAAUCUGUUCAAUCUGCUUAUUUGUUCUGGGUUUCAUUUGUUUGGAACUAAUUCAAAUGUUGCUGGACAAAGAACUUUAUCCUUGGAUCAUGAGAGUAGAGGAAAACAGCUGUCACGCAGGUGGUGACCUCUUAAAUAUAGCUGCAUAAUCGAGGGCGAUGCAGGAACAUUCACCAAACACAUGCCCUUUAAAGAGAUAGUUGAUUAACUGCUAUUCUUUUAUUGGUAUGUGAAUGUUUGCUCUGAGGCCAGUGCUAGUAACUAAUGAGAAAGGCAGAAUAUGGCAAAUGUGGUCUCAGUCCUGUGCAAGCUGGCACAUCUGUGUCACUGGUGAGCCAGGACCAAUUAAGGGAGGAUGUGGUGUUUAUAAAAUCAUAGGAAACCCAAGUCAUUACAUAAAAUUUUGGAAAGAUCUUAGACAAUAAAACUGCCUGUGAUCUGCUCUGUCCCUGAUUUUUUUUGAGUGCAUGAAUUAAAAAAUUACAUAUUCUAAUAAUCUUUGAAUUAUUAUAAUACAUAUAAUUAUACA